AGGGUCUUCUUCCCCAACUCGACGCACGGACGCCGGUCGCAGUUGCUACGACUCCAACUGUCGCUGGCGGCUGGCCGGCUGCGCUUGGGGGUUGGGGGUACUCGCCGCCGGGGGGAGGUUCUCGCCACUAGCGGUAGGUAGGGAGACCGCCGCACCUCGCCCUGUUGGUGGGUCCGCCCACCUCUAUCUCUUUCAAGCGGGCCAGGAGACAAAACAACGCAAAACCCUUCUUCGCGGACAAACCAAUGGAGACCUCCGCAGCCACCCCAACUCGCCCGCCCCACCCGUCCGCCGCCUCCCCGUCGCCGUCGCCCUCAUCGCUGAGGCAGUGGCGGCAGGCGGCGCACCGCAACCUGCGCAACCAGUGGUCGCGUCUGCUCGCCGCCAAGGACCGGUGGCUGGCCGCUGCCGACGACGGCCGCUCCCACGCCUCCGCGCUCGUCAACGCCCACAUCUCCCGCAGGUACAUGCUGGGGAUGGAUUUGUGGGCGCUCAAGGACAUGCCCGGGAUCCGCGACAAGGCGAGCGGCAAGUUGGGGCGUAGGGAGGAGCAAUGCCGUAACCUGCUUCUGUCGGCAUACAAGGAGAUGGUCCUUGCUCUGUCUGACUUGGUUAAAGCUUCCCGCUCUAUGCGCUGUUUUUCCAAAGUGCCUGCCAAUAGUCCCAUUGCAGAAUUUUCUGGCUGCCAAUAUGAUUUGAAUGAUUCAGGAGACAGUGGAGGAGCCCCAGUAGUCAGAUGGCUUUCCAUAUUAGAGUUUGAGAGUCUUGCCCAGGAGCUUGUUGAGAUGUUUGUUUCGGAGCUAAAGUUGAAGAGACUGCUUAUCUUGGAACUUGUCUCGAUUAUUUUCAAGGAAGGUGUAGAACAUCAAACAUCAUUAGAUUGGCAGGAUGAGCUAUAUGAUGGAGAAUCAAAAGAAUUUCAGAGUAUUGGCCUUCAGUCAGGAGAGACUUGCCCACUGCCUGAAAAUUGGCGUGCGGGUAUUUCAGGGACUCAGCGGCCUGGCAAUUCCCCAUCGCAUGAAGUUUUACAGGUUUAUUUAACAACUUGGCUUGCUAAUGUGAACAUCAAGAUGAGUAGAAUUGAUGAAAUAGUUGAUCUUGUUGGGGAGGAGAUGCAAAUAAAAAGGUCUUGAAGGUUUUGAUGCAUCUUAUUGGACUAUUCAAAAUGAUUUAGUAGCGCUAAACCACAGAAAGGACAUCUUAUUUACCCAAGGGUCACCUGGAAGGCUGGGAUUGCAUUGGUAGAAGAUCAUUGGCCAUUAUCCAUUCUUCAAAUUACACCAGAUUGCUUUUGAAUUCUGAGGAUCAUUAGCCAAGCUUCAAGUUUGUUCUGGGCUGUUGUAAAUGUACAAUAUUAAUCUCCUUCCGGAUGCAUUAUUGAUUUUGGUGA